AUCACUUCCUCUUGACGCCAUAGCAGCUCUUUCAGUCGAGAAGACAUCUCUUCAUCGUAGCAGAUAAACAUGCCGGGGUUCCUGAGGACCAUCGCCAGCCGUGCUGCCCCUGCCCUGCGGCAACAGACUGUCUCCCAGAGAGCCAGUAUCUACACCAGACCGGCCAAGGAAAAGAUCGGCCCAGUCGAAACCACCAUUGGAAUGAGUAUGUUCGCCUUGGCCAUCCUGGGACCAUCUGGAUGGAUCCUGGCCCACCUGGAGGACUACAAGAAGAAGGAGUGAACUGGACAUUUUAACAGUUUGAUCUAGUGUAUCCAGCCUCCUGUCUCCAGUAACCACCUGGGACCAUAACCAUUAUGUUCAGCUUCAGAGAAAAAUCUAGGACAAGUCUUACCCUCACACUUCUACCUCUGACAGUUCCACUCCACAGCUCGGAUACAAACCAACUGCUCCCAAAACAAUGACUCUGAUACAUCCAAAAUUGAAUUGUACAUCUUUCCUCAUAAGCAGUAUGUUACAAUAUUAAAUUUUAAACACAA